GCACGCCGUGUACUCCCCGCAGGCCACGCCCUCUGCCCGCCUGUCUCCUGCGGAGGCACGCCCCCUCCUCUGCGACUAGACCCCCUCAGGGGGCCCAGGCGGGGCCCAAACAUUCGCCAGCUCUGCAGCCGCCAUCGUGUGCCGCGCGUCCCUAGCUCUGCAAAGGACAGGCCUCGCGCCAGGAUCCCGGCAGACUUCAGAGGUGCCAGGAUGGUGGGGGAGCUCCGCUACAGGGAAUUCAGGGUGCCCCUGGGCCCUGGCUUGCACGCAUAUCCAGAUGAAUUGAUCCGCCAGCGGGUAGGCCAUAACGGGCACCCUGAGUAUCAGAUCCGCUGGCUCAUCCUCAGGCGUGGAGAAGAUGGGGCAGGGGACUGCAAGGCCGAGCAUAUCCUGCUAUGGAUGUCUGACGAUGAGAUCUAUGCCAACUGCCACAAGAUGCUGGGGGAGGAUGGCCAAGUCAUCGGACCUUCCCAGGAGCCUGCAGAGGCCGGGUCCCUCGACAAAUCCGUGCUGGGGGAGAUGGAAACAGACGUGAAGUCCUUGAUCGAGAGGGCACUUCGGCAGCUAAAGGAGAGCGUGGGCGCCGUCCCUCCCGCAGCUCUCCUUCACACUGUCCAUGUACUGAGUGCCUAUGCCAGCAUCGAGCCCCUCACUGGCGUCUUCACAGACCCCAGAGUCCUGGACUUGCUCAUGCACAUGUUGAGUAGUCCUGAUUAUCAGAUCCGCUGGAGUGCAGGCCGGAUGAUACAAGCUCUGUCCUCCCAUGAUGCUGGGACCCGGACCCAGAUCCUCCUGUCACUGAGCCAACAAGAGGCCAUUGAAAAACACCUGGAUUUUGACAGCCGCUGUGCUCUGCUAGCGCUCUUUGCACAGGCUACUCUCGCGGAACACCCCAUGUCUUUUGAGGGUGUUCAGCUGCCACAGGUCCCAGGACGUCUGCUCUUCUCCCUGGUGAAACGCUACCUGCAUGUCACCUUCCUCCUGGACCAGCUGAACGGCAGUACCCGGAAGCCAGGAGGCCAGAAGAAGUUUGUUCCUGAGGAGUUGAAAGCCGGCAGGGGCCGGCUGGAACUGGAAUUCAGCAUGGCCAUGGGCACUCUGAUCUCUGAGCUGGUGCAGGCCAUGCGUUGGGACUGGGACUCAAGCACCCCGGGAAAGUUGGCACGGUCUUCUUCCAUUUUCCAGCCUCAGCCAGCAGCUGCCAGCUCAGAGUCCUCCCGCCCCCACGACCAGCAGCAUAUCAGGCGGUCAAGGCGAUUUCGCCCCCGCACUGAGUUUGCGAGUGUCAAUAUCUAUGCCUUGUAUGUGCGAGACAUGCUCCAGCCUGGGAUGCGGGUGCGAAUGCUGGAUAAUUAUGAAGAGAUCGCUGCUGGGGACGAGGGCGUGUUCCGACAGAGCAAUAAUGGCGUCCCCCCUGUGCAGGUGUUGUGGGAGUCAACAGGCCGCACCUACUGGGUCCACUGGCACAUGCUUGAGAUCUUGGGCUUUGAGGAAGACAUUGAGCAAGCGUUUCAAGCUGCUGAGAACCAGGGGUUAAUGCUCAGUGGAGCCAUUGGUGUAGGCCCGCCCUCCCAGCGCUGGAAACCCAUUACUGAACUCUUGGCCCAGCCUUACGUGGUUCCUGAGGAGGAAGACACCGAGGAGAGUGAGCACAUGACCCAGGCCGAGUGGUGGGAGCUCCUGUUUUUCAUCAAGAAGUUGAACGCAGCAGACCGCCAACAGGUUGUGCAGCUCCUUCAGCAGAACCUGGAUGGAGAGCACAUUCUGCAUGAAGACAUCCUGCAUGAACUGACCGUACCCAUUGAGCUGGCCCAGGACCUGCUGCUGGCUCUGCCUCGGCAACUUGAUGACAGUGCUAUGAGGGACCUGCUCAACUGCUAUGUGUACAGGAAGUAUGGGCCCGAAGCGCUGGCGAGGCAGCUAGGCUACCCAUAUCUGCUCCAUGCCCAGCGAGCUGUGUUCCUGUUCAAAGCCGAAGCCCCACCUCAGGGAUCUGAAGCAAAAGAGUGCCCAUCUCCGAGUGCCAGCCCUGCUCUGCAGCACCUGGUAGAGGGAUUGGGCCCAUCUGGGAAGCUCCUCGUAGACCUGGAGCAAGCCCUCAGCUCCGAGGCUCCCAAGGAAAGUGAGGUCAAACCAUGCUUGCUGCAGUUGCAGCGGCGGCCGCAGCCCUUCCUCACACUGAUGCAAAGCCUGAGCACUCCAGCCACCAACAAGGCCCUGCACCUGACAGUGCUGAGGAUCCUGAUGCAGCUGGUGAACUUCCCGGAUGCGCUACUCUUGCCCUGGCACGAGGCCAUGGAUGCCUGCAUGACCUGCCUUCGGUCCCCCAAAACUGACCGGGAGGUGCUCCAGGAGCUAAUCAUUUUCCUACACCGCCUGACCUCCACAAGCCGGGACUAUGCGGUGAUACUGAACCAGCUGGGGGCCCGAGAAGCCAUCUCCAAGGCCCUUGAAAAGCACCUAGGGCAACUGGAGUUGGCUCAGGAGCUGCGGGAUAUGGUGGCCAAAUGUGAGAAGCAUGCCCACCUGUACCGGAAACUCAUCACCAACAUCCUGGGCGGCUGCAUCCAGAUGGUGCUGGGUCAGAUUGAAGACCACAGACGGACCCACCGGCCCAUUCAAAUCCCUUUCUUUGAUGUGUUCCUCAGAUACCUGUGCCAGGGCUCCAGUGAGGAAGUGAAGAAGGACAAGUACUGGGAGAAGGUGGAGGUGUCCUCCAACCCACACGGGGCCAGCAAGCUCACGGACCGCAACCCCAAGACCUACUGGGAGUCCAGUGGCGAUGCUGGCUCCCACGCCAUCACCUUGCACAUGCGCCAGGGAGUCAUCAUCAGGCAGCUAACUCUACUGGUGGCUAGAGAGGACUCAAGCUACAUGCCAGCCUUGGUGGUGGUAUCCGGGGGCGACAGCAUCAACUCCGUUAAUACAGAGCUCAAUGCGGUGAACGUGAUGCCAUACUCCAGCCGAGUGAUCCUGCUGGAGAACCUGAGCCGCUUCUGGCCCAUCAUCCAGAUCUGCAUAAAGCGCUGCCAGCAGGGCGGCAUUGACACACGCAUCCGGGGACUGGAAGUCCUGGGCCCCAAGCCUACCUUCUGGCCAGUGUUCCGAGAGCAGCUGUGCCGGCACACACGCCUCUUCUACAUGGUUCGGGCACAAGCUUGGAGCCAGGACAUUGCAGAGGAUCGCCGGAGCCUCCUGCACCUGAGUUCUAGACUAAAUGGGGCUCUGCGCCAGGAACAGAAUUUUGCUGAUCGCUUCCUCCCUGAUGACGAGGCCGCCCAAGCACUGGGCAAGACCUGCUGGGAGGCGCUGGUCAGCCCCCUGGUGCAGAACAUCACCUCUGCGGAUGAAGACAGCACCAGCUCCCUGGGCUGGCUGCUCAAUCAGUACCUGGAGUGCAGGGAUGCUGCCCAUAACCCCCAGAGCCGCGCCGCAGCUUUCUCCUCACGGCUUCGCCGCCUCACCCACCUGCUGGUCCAUGUGGAGCCCACCGAGGCAGCACCUCCAGUCGUGGCCAUCCCCCAACCCAAGGGCAGAAAUAGAAGCCAUGACUGGAGCUCCUUGGCCACCCGGGGCCUCCCAAGCAGUAUCAUGAGAAACCUGACACGCUGCUGGAGGUCUGUGGUAGAGGAGCAGGUGAACAACUUUCUGACGUCAUCCUGGAAGGAUGAUGACUUCGUGCCACUCUACUGCGAGCGCUUUUAUACCCUGCAGAAGUCAAGCUCUGAGCUGUUUGGGCCACGAGCUGCCUUCUUGAAAGCGAUGCAGAGUGGCUGUGCCGAUGCCUUGCUGAGGCUCCCUUUCCUCAGAGUUGCCCAUGUGUGUGAGCAGUUUGCUCGACACAUUGACCAUCGGAUCCAAGGCAGUAGGAUGGGUGGAGCCCGGGGAAUGGAGAUGCUGGCACAGCUGCAGCGAUGCCUGGAGUCUGUCCUGAUUUUCUCCAACCUGGAGAUAGCCAGCACCUUUGAGCAUUACUACCAGCACUACAUGGCUAACCGUCUCCUGAGCGUAGGCUCCAGCUGGCUGGAGGGGGCUGUGCUGGAGCAGAUUGGCCUCUGCUUCCCCAGCCGCCUCCCCCAGCAGAUGCUGCACAGCCUGAGCAUCUCGGAGGAGCUGCAACGUCAGUUCCAUGUAUGCCAGCUCCAGCAGCUCGAUCAGGAGCUCCUGAAGCUGGAAGACACAGAAAAGAAGAUACAGGUGGCCCAUGAAGACAGUGGCAAGGAGAACAAGAGCAAGAAGGAAGAUGCUGCUGGAGAGGCAGCAGCUGUGGCCAUGGCAGGAGAUGAGGAGGAGGGGGAGGAGGAAGAGGAGGAGGAGGAGCAGCGCUAUUAUGAAGGGACGAUGCCAGAAGUGUGUAUGCUUGUCGUGUCUCCACGUUGCUGGCCUGUUGCCUCCAUCUGCCACAUGCUCAACCCUGCGAUAUGCCUGCCCUCGUACCUGAGGGGGACUUUAAACCACUACUCCAACUUCUACAAUAAGAGUCGGAGCCACCUCACCUUAGAGAAAGGUCCACAGAGACGACUGCAGUGGACGUGGCAGGGCCGGGCGGAAGUGCAGUUUGGCGACCAGCUUCUGCAUGUGUCCACAGUCCAGAUGUGGCUGCUGCUGUACUUCAAUGAUCUAAAGGUGGUGUCUGUUGAGAGCCUGCAGGCACUCUCAGAGCUCCCUCCAGAUGUGCUCAAGCAGGCAAUUGGGCCUCUCACCUCAUCACGAGGCCCCUUGGACCUUCAGGAGCAGAAAAAUAUACCAGGAGGAGUGCUGAAGAUUCGGGAUGACAGUGAGGAACCCAGGCCAAGGAGAGGCAAUGUGUGGCUCAUCCCACCUCAGACGUACCUGAAGGCUGAGGACGAAGAGGGCCGGAACUUGGAGAAGAGAAGGAACCUUCUAAACUGCCUGGUUGUCCGAAUCCUCAAGGCUUACGGGGAUGAGGGCUUGCACAUCAACCAGCUUGUCUGUCUGGUGCUGGAAGCUUGGCAGAAGGGCCCAUGUCCUCCUCGGGGUCUAGUCAGCAGCCUUGGCAGGGGAGCUGCGUGCCGCAGCACUGACGUCCUGUCCUCCAUCCUGCACCUCCUGGGCAAGGGCACACUGAGGCGCCAUGAUGACCGGCCUCAGAUGCUAUACUACGCCGUCCCUAUAACCGUGAUGGAGCCCCACACAGAGUCCCUGAACCCUGGCACAUCUGGCCCCAAUCCCCCCCUCACCUUCCACACCCUGCAGAUCCGCUCUCGGGGUGUGCCUUAUGCUUCUUGCACUGGCACCCAGACUUUUUCCACUUUCCGGUAGCCCUGGGUAUGAGGUCCAGGGUAGGUGAGGCUGGGGCUUUCUACAGAAAAUAAAACAUGG